GUUAUACAUAUUAAUCACAAGUGACUAUUUAUUCAAUGAUAAGAUAAACAUCUUACAAAUUACCUAUAUAUUUUAUUCAGGUGCCCAAAAUGAAAGUAAUAUUUUUACUCACCUUUGUGGUGCCCAAAAUGAAAGUAAUCUUUUUACUCACCUUUGUGAUUUUCGUUGUACAUUCACAAUAUUGUGAACCAAAAGACGAAUUUUUAAACAAGAAUUCCUCGGAAUGGGAUCUUUUUAUGGAGAAGCUUGAUGAAGUUACAUUUAAAACAAAUUAUACAGCAUUUUGUAAGAUAAACACUCACAAAGAAGUGGUCGUCAAUGCGAGUUCACCUAUUUUAUGGGAAUUACGAUUUGAUAUAUAUAACAAAAGACAACAAGAAGAAAAUAAGACAAUCGAACAAUGUUAUUCCGAAAAUAAAGGAGAAACAACUUGCGAUAUUCAGGGCUUCCAAGAGUGCAUGAAGAAUGCAAGAAAAGCUAUGCUUCAAGAUUUAAAUUCUGAAUGGUGGAAGAGCGAAAUUCAAAAAAAGUUAGAAGAAGAAGCUGAAUUAUGUUGAUGAGAAACAUUUAUUAUUAUUUAAUAUUAUGAUGUCUUUAAAUCUAAAAACUUAAAAUAAUUAAAAAUACGUAUAUUAAAAAAA